AUGGCUGCUCACCAGUCCGCAAAGAACGUGAAGUGGGUCGAGGGCCUCAGGGGCAUUGCCUCGGUCAUGGUCGUCAUGACCCAUGUUGCGCGCGCCUUCGACUUCCCGCUCUUCUUCCCCAGGGACAGGCCAGACCUGCCGCCUCGCUUCUGGCAGCUCCCCAUCAUCCGCAUCCCGGCCCAGGGCAGGAUAGGCGUGCCCAUCUUCGCCUUCCUCACCGGCUUCGUCUGCGCCCUCAAGCCGCUCAAGCUCGGCCGCAACCGCCACCAGCAGGGCGACGCCCUCAUGGCCGUGGCCAAGAGCGCCUUCCGGCGGCCUCCCCGCCUGGUCCUGCCCGCCGCCGUCGCCACCUUCGUCAGCUUCUGCCUCACGGCCAUCGGGGGCUACGAGACGGCGCACUUCUGCGACUCGUUCUGGGUCCGCUUCGACGCCCCCGGCAUGGAGCCCACCUUCAGGCGCGAGCUGGCGCGCCUGUUCCGCUCGCUGCUGACCACCUGGACGAGCACGGACAACGCCUACGACCGCCACCAGUGGGCCAUGCGGCCGCUGCUGGUGGGCGCGUUCCAGGUGUACAUCCUGCUGGCUGCCACCAUGGGCAUGAGGCUCAAGUACCGCAUGGUUGUUCACUUCCUGCUCAUGGCAUACUGGUGGCUGAACAGAGAGGCCAACACCGAGACGUUCGGCUCGCUGAUAUCUCUCGGAACACUGCUGGCCGACCUGUCUCUUCAUCGUCCGACGCAGAACUUCAUCGCCUCCAACCACCGAAUCUUGUCCCUGGUCGUGGCGCCCCUGCUUAUCCUCAGCGGACUGUUCCUGGGCUCGUAUCCCCAGGAGCACGAGGACUGGUCCCGCUGGUCUCUUGGCCUCCAGCAGACUUUUGUAAACAUGGAUCCACCUCCUGGCACAUCUCGUGGCAGCCUCCUUGUGCCCGAGGGCACAGAUGCUCGCCGCCGCUUCUCCUCGGUAGCGAUACAGUGCUGCUCGGUUGCCAUUUUCAUCAGCCCGUUUCUUCGCGAGCUGCUGAGCAACAGGUAUUUUCUCUGGCUCGGCCGACACUCCUUCGCCGUGUACCUGGUCCACGGCACCAUCCUGAGGACCGUCGGCAUGUGGAUCGCAUACGGGUUGACGCCCAGGUUCGAACAGCGCGAAGAUGGGUCGUUCGAGGAGUUCCUGCACAUCCGAAGCAAGGCGAGCGUCCACCUGGCGAUACUGGUAUUUGUGGUGUUGACGUACACUGCGGCGUGGGCUUGGAUGCGCUGGGUCGACACGGCAUGUGCACGGGCGACGCAGUGGCUGGAGAGCAAAGUGUUCCAGGCCGAGGAUGACGAGGACGCGGAUGAGGCCGAGAAGGGCUUUAGGGGUGGCCUUGUCGACAAACACGCCAAAGACCACCAGCGGAUGUCUGGAGUGACAGACCCGGCGGUCGAGGCCAACACCGACGGGGGCUUCCCAUCGGCCGUUGGCAUGCAGAACCACCGUCGCUCGAUAGGCCAGGCUGCCUUUAUGAACCUGAGCGCACCCCUCAGGACCGGGUCCAUGGAUGGCGGAGGGCGACCACCGUGA